AUGUCAAUUGCUCCAGGUACUGGAGGCAGCGGCAAUGAGCAAAAGAUGGCGGUAAACGUGGUUGUGUCUGGGGCCACGCCAACGUCAGGGCGGUCGCCUAUCAAGUUUGUCCCCAACCGAAAAUGUCCGGCAAGGGGAGGGCGGCGAGUAAAAAGAAAUUCUUUAAAAUGUUCACAAACGGUAAAGCGGUCAUGGGUGGUCAUCAUACUUGCUUACCUCUACUCUUUUAUUGUGGGACGCCUUGUUCUGGCGCCUUUACACGCAAUACAGACGUGGGUGAAGACGUACAGCUCACGAGCACAAGCCACCCGCACGGAGCAGCGGUACCUGAAUAUUAUGAACUCCACAGAGAGUCUCAAAACGUGGGUUACCACCGCGUCGUACCUCGACAACCACCGUGGAAUGCAGAAGUGGAAAGAGGUGGCCCCGAAUAAGGAGGAUUGUGAUGCAGAGGGACUUAUACAGGACACCUUCUGUGCAAAGGCCCUUAUUCAAUAUGGGAAUGAAGUGGCCAUCGGCGAUUUCCUGCGUUCUCAGCUACAUCGCACAGCCCACGGCAUGACAAGCCCGUGCAAUUACCAAUAUUACACUGGUACAAUACGCUGCCUGGAGGAAUAUAACGAUACAAUUGUAAAGAUCAUAGAAACCUUUUGUCAAAGAGUCUCAGAAAAUGAAGUGACACGUGCGCCUCCAUUGUCUGAUGAACUUAAUGGAGGGGAAGAUUCCUUCGCGAAACAAGACCCACUGUUGCAGCCGGAAAGUAAAAAGGAUGCAGCCAUUGGGGGUGAGGAUAAUGUGUAUAAGGGACGGAAGAACGAUUUCAACGGUUCGGGGCUUUCUCGUACGAAGAGACGACCUGAUGCAGCCGCUCUUUCCAACUCGACGGCGAGACCGCACACCUCCACCUACAUCUCCUCUCUUCUUGACUGGGCCCACGGGCCGCACCUAUCCCGCGCGACACACCUCUCAGACACGGAGAAGUUCAAAGUUCUGCGGGACACGCUCCGCUCCUAUGGGCGAAGUGCCCUCAUGUUGAGUGGUGGCUCCACACUGGGUGUCUACCACACAGGAGUUGUUCGCGCCCUCUUUGAAUCUGGUUUGCUUCCAGACAUCAUAUCCGGCUCCUCUGCUGGCUCAAUCAUUGCCGCAAUCAUAUGUACCAAAACAAAUGAUCAGCUGCGUGAUUUUCUGAGUGACUCCAUCCUGACCGUUGAGACACUUCAACUCGCGCCCUUUGAUGAAGGUGGAAUAUUUUCUAAGCUGAAGCGUCUGCUGCGCACCGGUGCCUGCAUGGAUGUGCGCACACUUAUGGAGUGUCUCCGCUCCAAUGUCGGGGAUCUUACGUUUAAGGAGGCGUACCGAAAGACAGGUCGAAUAUUGAACGUGUGUGUGACAAGCGAUAAGUACAGCGGUUCUCACAUGGAUCGACACAUGCUUUUGAACUAUGUCACAUCUCCGAACGUCGUUGUUUGGAGUGCAGUUAGUGCAAGCUGUGCCCUUCCUGGCCUAUUCACAGCGGUUCAGCUCAUUGAGAAGUUACCUGAUGGAACUUUCGGCCGCUUUCUCCCAGGUCAACUUUGGUGUGAUGGGAGUGUGGCCCGUGACCUUCCACGCGAAAGUCUUUCUUCCCUGUUUAAUGUGAAUUACUUCAUUGUGAGUCAAGUAAACCCGCACAUCAUUCCGUUUCUGAAGAAGCCGGUAUCACCGCUGCUGUAUAAGCAGCGGCGCCCACGGAAAAUACUUAGCUCAAUAUGGUAUGGAUUCUGUCGAGAAAUGCGACACUGGAUUUUAAAACUUUUUACUAUCGGUGUUUUUUCUAAGACGGGACGCUGGGAUUUGCCGUACUUUUUCUUGACGCAGCGCUACGACGGUGAUAUUCUCAUUCUUCCCAUCGGCAAUGUUCUGCACGCUGUUCCAGACUACUUCAACAUUGUGGCAAACCCGAGCCCCGAAUACAUUGCAUUUGUUACGAGCAAGGCCCAGCUUAGGACAUGGCCACAUCUUAAUCAAAUUCGUCACGUCACAAUGAUUGAAAGGGCUCUUGUUCGGGAAAUUAGCAUUUUGAAAAAUCGUAUUGGGAAUCGCUCGGAAAAUGUGGUGCUAUGA